AUGGGUCUACGCAAGGGAGGAGGCAAGAAGAAAGGAAGUCGAAAGCGUAAGGCUAAUGUAUGGGAUGAUGCAGAGGUUCAGACAAAACGAGGUGUGAUUUUGAGUAAAAAUGACGCCUUACCACGCAAAUCAAGAUAUAAAGGGUCGAUGAUGAGCCAAUGGAAGGCUCAACGGAUUGCAGAACGCAUGAAAGAGCGUCGGUUCUUUGUUUCUGUAGAGGAAAAGAAACGCUGGCAACGUGAGCAUUAUAAAGAGACGUGGGAGCAUACUGCCAAUGCAAUUUACAAGAAAAAAGAAGCAGGAGAAGAGGAGAUACAGGAGAUAGAAGAAGACAAGGAAGAGAGCGAGGAGAGUGAGAGUGAAGAUAGUGAAGAGGAUGUGAUGGAUGGAAAGAGUAGCAAUGCGCUGUUUGAUGAGUUUGUAAAGACGUUUACGAGAGAAGAACCAGCUGAAGAAGAGGACGAGGAGGAGGAAGAAGAAGAAGAAGUGGUGGUGAUGGAUGAGGAAUUGGAAGAAGAGAACGAGACAAAGAGUGAAGAUGAAGAAGAGAAGGACAGCAACGAGACACAAGAACAGGUUGCUGCAAUGGAAAAAGACGAUGAAGAGCAGGUGGAGGAACAGGACGAAGAUGAACAGGAAGAUCCGUACCGCCGACGAUAUCUCUUGAGUUCAUUUUCGGAGCAAGAUGCAAAGAAGUUUGAUGCACAGAUGAGAAAAUUUACGAAGGUGGAGUUACUUACAUUGGAUGAUGCAAACAAGUAUGAUAUCACGUACCGUAAAGGAGUUAGUGAGGACAUUGAAGGCGUUGCUGGUGUUGUAACGACUCCGGAGAAUGCUGUGAAAAAGAAGCCGUAUGUCCGCUCGAGGCUAAUGACGACGUGGACGCGACGUGGCUUGGAUGCAGAGACGGUGUUUCCUAAGGGAUCUGUAGAGCGCACGCUCUGGCAGCAGUUGUUGGCAUAUACGGACGUGUUUUUUGCUUGUCAGACAUAUGAGAAUACGCCAACGCUGCGUCGAUUGAGUGCGAUGCAUGUGCUGAACCAUGUUCUAAAGGCUCGCGAUACCGUAACGCGGAACAAUGAACGUCUUAAAAAGCGUGAUUCAGAAAAGGUUGACGAUGCAGAGGAAAAAGAGUAUCGUGACCAAGGGUUUUGCCGUGCAAGUGUGCUAGUUUUACUACCUCUUCGUAGUGCUGCUGUUGCUUUUGUGAACCAACUGCUGGAGCUUUUACCAUCAAAUAUGGAUACCUUUCACAACAAAGAUCGAUUUUUCAUUGAGUUUGGAAGCGGCAUGGAUGACAACAAUCACGAUGUAACCAAGGACAAUGACAAGAAGGAGUGGCAGCGUGUGUUUAGCGCAGGUAACAAUGACGAUUGUUUUCAAUUAGGCAUAUCGUUCUCACGCAAGGCAAUGCGCUUUUACAGUGAAUAUCACCACGCAGACAUCAUCCUUGCUUCUCCACUUGGACUUCGUCAACAACUUGGUGAUGAAGUUGCAAUGCUUGAUGAGAUCACGUCUAGUGGUGACAUGCCUCAGCUAUCAAGUGAUUUUCUAUCAUCCAUUGAAGUGUGUAUCGUUGAUUCAAUCAGUCUCAUGGCAAUGCAGAAUCUUGAACAUUUACGCACAGUAUUGCGAGCGAUGAAUGUACCACCAAAGGAAGCACCGUAUGCUGAUUUUGCUCGUGUUCGUGACUGGAAUUUGGCAUUUCUGGCAUCUUAUUUUCGACAAACGGUCGUAUUUGGUCAUGGUGUGGAACCGAUUUUUAAUGCCCUUUUGAAGCAAACGUGUUGCAACGUUUCAGGUCUUGUCAAGUAUGUAUCUCACUAUGAUCUUGUCGAUGGGAGUGCCUCCAUGUCACGCGUGGUACGAGAGAUCCGACACUUGUUUCAACGUAUUGAUUUCAAUGAUCCUGAACGACGAUCCCCGACACCUUUAAAUGAAGUUGAAGGUCGGUUUGAGUAUUUUCGAACGCAGAUUCUAGACCCGCUGCUUGCUCAUCCACGAAAACACGUGCUCAUUGUGAUUCCGUCAUAUUUUGAUUACGUACGUGUUCGAAACGUGUUUCACGAGUCCAUGACGGAGAAAUUGAUCCAAAGUGUCCAAUGCUGUGAAUAUACAACGAGUUCACAGAUUUCGCGCGCUCGAACGAGUUUUUAUCAUGGCUAUUGUCAUGUCAUGUUGUAUACGGAACGAUUUCACUUUUAUCAUCAAUAUGCGAUUCGAGGCAUUGAGCACUUGAUUUGGUACGGAGUGCCUCAAUGGCCGGACUUUUAUCCGGAACUGGUGAAUCUGAUACGACCUGGUAGUCAUGAAAGUGGACCACAUGAUCACAUGCAUUCAUUGGAUCAAAUCAUCUCUGCGGAACCCACGUCGAUUGUGUUAUUUACACGAUUCGAUUAUUUACGAUUGCAACGGAUUGUCGGAAAUAAACGAGCCCAACGAAUGUGUCAAGCGAAAAAUACGAAAUCGACUUUUUUGUUUUAUUAA